CGCUGAUCAGAUGGAAAUGCAAGUGCCGCUGGCAGAUCUGCCCAGCAGUUGUGCCAGUCAGUGCCGCCAGUCAGUGCCCAGCAGUGAUGCCAGUCAGUGCCAUCUAUCAGUACCCAUCAUCAGUGUCACCUAUCAGUGCCGCCUAUCAGUGCUGCAUAUUUUCCGCCUAUCCGUGACACCUCAUUAGUGCUGUCUAUCAGUGCCCUUUAGUGCUGCCUAUCAGUGCCCAUCAGUGCCGCCUAUCAGUGCCCA